AUGAGAGAGACCUGGGAACAAGCCCUGUCACCCACUCAGGGCCUUCUCCAAUACGUCCUCCAGCUGCAGGGACGCCUAGCACAAGCUGGAACUCUCGCUCGAGAGAAUCUGAAGGCCGCGCAGGAAGCCCAGGCCCAAAUGUAUAACCGAGAGGCCCGAGUUCGCGAGUUCCAGCCGGGCGACCGGGUUCUCCUGCUCUUACCCUCCAGUGAGUCCAAACUACUGGCGCGGUGGCAGGGGCCAUAUGCGGUGAUCCGGAAGAUCGGGCCGGUCACCUAUGAGAUCAACCAGCCCGACCGCCGAAAAAAAGUCCAGCGGUAUCACGUCAACCUCUUGAAACCCUGGAGGGAACGGGAAGGCCUCUUGAUUAAUCCCUGUCCACCCGAGCCCGAGUUAGGGCCUCGGGUUACACCGACCGAGGACGUCGGCGCGCCACAGCUCGGAGAGUCCUUGACUGUGGAGCAGCGGAAACAGACUGAGUGCCUCCUGCGGGCGUUCCGCGGGACGUUCACCGACCAGCCAGGCUACACGACCCUCGUGUACCAUAACAUUCAGAUGGAGCCGGGGGUAGUGAUCCGAGAGUCAACGAGACUCCUUCCCUAUCGGAUGCGGCAGGUCGUCGAGGAGGAAGUACGAGCGAUGCUAGAGCUGGGCGUCAUUGAACCGUCCCAGAGCGAGUGGCGCAGCCCAGUAGUCCUGGUUCCCAAACCGGAUGGCACACAGCGCUUUUGCAUCGAUUUCCGCCGGGUUAAUUCCAUCCCGAAGUUUGAUGCCUACCCCAUGCCUCGGGUAGAUGAGCUGCUGGACCGGUUAGGCAAGGCCCGCUUCCUCACGACCCUGGAUCUAUGCAAAGGGUAUUGGCAGAUUCCCCUUGACCCCACGUCACAGGAGAAAACUGCUUUUGCCACCGCCUCGGGCCUCUACCAAUUCACCCGGAUGCCCUUCGGUCUCCAUGGUGCCCCUGCGACGUUCCAGCGACUCAUGGACCGCCUCCUGCUUCCUCAUCGGGAAUACGUGGCCGCAUACCUGGACGACGUGGUCAUUUAUAGUGACCGGUGGGAAAGCCACCUGGAGUGGGUAGCGGCUGUCCUGAGGUCCCUACGAGCUGCUGGGUUAACCGCCAACCCAAAGAAAUGCCGUAUCGGCUGGCAGGAGACCACCUACCUAGGCUACACGAUUGGCGGAGGACAAGUAAAGCCGCUUGUCGGGAAGGUUCAAGCCCUAGCAGCAUGCCCACCACCCACUACGAAGCGCCAUGUACGCCAGUUUCUGGGACUGGCGGGCUAUUACCGGAGGUUUAUCCCCGAUUUUGCCUCCAUUGCGGCCCCCUUAACAGAGCUCCUCACUAAAACCAGUCCCAGAUGGGUGGAAUGGACCCCGGAGUGUGACAGCGCCUUCCGGGCCCUCAAAGACUGCCUCUGCCGCGAACCCGUCCUGUACAGCCCCGACUUUGAUCGAGGAUUCGUCCUCCAGACCGACGCCUCGGAGAGUCUUGCUCAUAGUCAUCUUUUUGGGGGGCAUUUGGGGGUAGAGAAGACCCUAGCACGAGUCCUACGACGGUUCUUCUGGCCCGGAGUACAUGAAGAAGUGCGGAGGUACUGUGCCUCCUGCCCGGCGUGUCAGCUGCACAGUCCCCAUCCCCACUUGAGGGCACCUUUAGUACCCCUUCCCAUCAUAGAGGUCCCCUUCGAGCGAAUAGCCAUGGACCUAGUGGGACCCCUGGAGAAGACGGCUCGGGGCCACCAAUAUAUACUUGUUGUUUUGGACUAUGCUACUCGCUACCCAGAAGCCGUCCCCCUGCGGAACACGGCCUCUAAAACUAUAGCCAAAGAGCUGGUGGGGAUCUUUGCCCGAAUGUGGCUACCGAAGGAGAUAUUAACCGACCAAGGAACCCCAUUUAUGUCGAAGCUAAUGAAGGACCUCUGUACGCUGCUCCAUAUACAUACCCUGAGAACUUUGGUCUACCAUCCACAGACUGAUGGGUUGGUAGAAAGGUUUAACCGA